AGAGUGCUUUACACGGUAGUGUCAGAGCUGUGUGCUUGUGUUUGCCUAGCCAGCUGCUACACAGUAACAUUUCAUUCAUUCACUUUAGUUCUUCCCGCCUAACAAUGACUGAGUGCUUCUCAAUCUCCGAUUGUGAUGUCAUUGGGUUCGAUCUGGACCACACUCUGUGCCGAUACCGGCUCCAGGAAUCCAACCAGGUGAUUUAUCACAGUUUUGCUCAAUAUCUGGUAGCUGAAAAAGGCUACAACGAGGAGCUGCUGCAUGUUACACCGGAAGAAUGGGAUUUCUGCUCCAAGGGCUUGGUACUGGAUAUGGAGGAAGGAAACUUUCUGAAACUUGCAACUGAUGGAUCUAUUCUCAGGGCAAGCCAUGGCACAAAGACACUAUCUGCAGAAGAAAUUGAGGAAAUAUAUGGAGAGAAGAGAGAAUGGAAACAUUUCAAAGUAAUUAAUGGAACCUAUGCACGAUCAGCUAAAUAUUAUUAUUACGACAACUAUUUUGAUCUGCCUGGAGCCCUCUUAUGUGCCAAAAUAAUUGAUUCAUUGGAAACAAAUGAUGGUCCGAAAAAGUAUGACUUUUGGAAAGAUGUUGUUGCUGCUAUAGAACACAACUAUAAAACCACAGCAUUUAAAGAAAACUGUGGAACAUAUUUUCCAACUGUGAAAAAGGAUCCAAGUAAAUAUUUAAAGCCUUGUCCUGAUUCUCUGAAAAACUGGUUAAAGAGUCUUAAGAAUGCUGGAAAGGUUCUAUUAUUAAUUACUAGUUCCCACAGUGACUACUGUCGACUGCUCUGUGAGCACAUACUGGGGAAGGAUUUUGAAGAUCUGUUUGACAUCAUAAUUACCAAUGCCCUGAAACCUGGAUUUUUCUCUCUUACACCACAGCACAGACCAUUCUGUACUCUUGAAAAUGAUGUAGAACAAGAUGUGCUACCAUCCCUGGAGAAGGCAGGCUGGUACUCCCAGGGCAACUGGGUACAUUUGUAUGACCUCCUUAGGAAAAUGACUGAGAAACAAGAACCCAAGGUUGUGUAUUUUGGCGACAGCAUGCGCUCAGAUAUUUUCUCUGCCCGCCACUUCAGCAACUGGGAGACUGUCCUCAUCUUAGAGGAGUUAGAAGGUGAUGAAGUAUGUGAGCCAGACGCAACAGAUUUUGUAUCCUCCUUCAAUAAAAAAGGAAAAUAUGAUAGCCUUAAACCACAACCGCCACAUUCUGUAUCAAGAAAAUGGGGCUCAUACUUUGCUGACAGAAUCGCAAGUACACAGGAAACAAUACGUAUGACUUGGAGCUGCUCAAGCAUUAGAAAUUACAGUACCAUCACGAUCCCAAGCAUCAUGGCAAUCGCAGAUUUGCCUCUGGAUUAUAAAUUUACUAGAUUCUCCGGUAACACUUUUGAUAUUAAUGGUUACUAUCCACAGCCUCCUCGAAUUUUGUUACCUCAGGACAAAGAAAUAUCUGCCCCAUAACUUCAAGAAACCUUGGUUAACCAAUAAUAAUUGGUUGAACAAUAUUUUCCCUUUAAUGGCUGUAACUGUUCUAAACUCUUUUGUCAGCAAAAAAAAGUGUUUGAAAAUACUUUCAACUACCUUUAAUUUUAAAUUAGUACUUUUUUGUUAAAGUAAUUUUUGUGACAUUUUUUGUUACAGUUUUAUAUUAAAUGAUCUGAUAUAGAAAGAUUGCAUUGGUUCGACAUUUUUAUAAAUGGAUCAUGAGAAGCGAUUUUGAUGAGAUUUUGACAAACAAAAUUUGAUAACAAGUUUGCAUUUAAUACAAUUUGAAGUAAACAAUUAUGUAUUGUGACUUAAAGAACAGGAAAUAAAGUCUUAUAUUAAGA